CUUUCACAAGUGCCGUAGUUUAGGAGAAACUAUAAUGAGUAAAAAUAACAAGAAAUAAAAAGUAUCAAAGGAGAUCGGAGAAGAUGUUGGCCUUACAAGGGGAAGACUAACACUAUUUUGACGGGUUUUUUAAUACUCUCCAAUUUGUUACCGCAUCCCUUAGCUACGUUGAUAUCGAUAAACUUGCAGGUUAAAAAUUGUGACAAUGGAAAAUAUCGACAAUUUCUGUAAAGCCAACAUGACAUGAUAACAAAAUCUUGAAUCUUCAACAUCAUUUACCACCUCGGAUUCGCGCUAAAACAGACAGUAUAUAGAUAUGUGAAAGUUAAACUUUCCCAAGAGUGUGUACUAUGAUGUAUUCAAGAAUUUUUUAGAAGGGUCUGGAAAACGUUUUCAAUGGGUGCUAUGCAAGGCUACAAUAUCUAUUUACAAAGCUUCUAGACUGUAGCAUUAACAAUUUGGACAUUUCUGUCCGAAGAUAAUAAUCCAUUCUAAUAUAAAACAAGUUUUAAAGUUAAGUGAAAGUUCCAUUCCGUUAGAAUAUGAUAGAAGAGUCCUGGGGAGGAGACUGUUGAAAGUGAGCUUUAAUAGUUUUAAUUUUUCUGAGAAAAUGACGAUAUUAUGGAUGUUGACAGUUGUUAGCUCAUGAAGAUACAUAUAUAAAUUCAUAGUUACUCAGGCCAAAGAAAUUGAAAGAUUCUAUCAAGCUAUAAAAAAUUUACGAACAUUCUACAUCAAGCGUGCAGUGGUGGUGUGUUUAAAAUGUUUAUAACUUCGUCAUAAAAAAGCUGGCAUUUGAAAUACAUGAGUUUAAUUAGCUAAUCGCACGAUUAAUAAUUUAUAUCGAGUAUAAAAUUCAUGAUUAAUUUAAUUAUAUUCUCUGUGAAUUUUUUACUCGAGCUCAUAAAACAAAAAUGUUUUGUGUGUAUGAAAUCGGAUAUCAUUUACAGCAGCUUUGCUGGAUGUGAGAAGGAAAUUAUAUAUCACCGUCAAGGAUCAGCUUAAGUCAAGAUAUAGAUAUCAUAUUUGCAUAACGGUUACACAAAGAGUUAAGUUAGCACGAUUCUUCUAAUUGGUAUCGCGUUACACCACCCUCCUGACUGUGUAGCAGACUUUACAGGGAUUGAUAACGAUAAAUGAUUGGAUUCAGGGGGUUGUGAAAGAAACCAUGCAAUAACAUAAACAUUUUUAAUAAAAGUAAAAUUUAUUCUCACAUAAAUUUUCUCAAGAGUUGAUAUAAAUAGAAAAUAUAUUUUGAAAGAACACAACAGAGUUAAACAAAAGUCAGUGAAACGUGUCUCUGUGAUUUGUGAAAAUUUAACAUGACAUCAAGCGAACAUAGUAGUCAUCAUUCAAAGUCGAUGCCACCAAGUGAGUUUCCAAUUAUAUGCAUCUCCUCAGCUGAUAGUGGCAUAGACUCGGAUACCUCUCCUGGUGCAUCAACAAAGUUAACGAACUCUAUCGAGGACAUCGAGACAGAUUUGAAUAUUUUUCCUAAAUCUUUUAUACUUGGAAAAAAUGCUGCAGAAGGUGAUAGAAUUGAUGGAAUAAACAAAGCCAUUGGUUGGAUUAAGGAUGAGUUGAUAAAAAUGAAGUCAAAAGAUAAACAACUAACAAAAAUAAUGAUUACUUUACGCUCGCAAAUUGCAGAGCAUAAAUUGAAACUUGAAAAAUUAGAUAAAGGAUAUGAUUCCGAUUCGGAAGCAACCGGGAAACAAGAUAAUGAGUACGUGAAAGAAAGAUGGAAAUUGAUUGCCCAAGAUGGCGCAUUUCCAACUGAUGGGUUGUGUUUUGAAAAUAAUAAAAGGGCGACAUGGGCUAUUUAAUAUUGGUGUCUAUAACAUAGUGUCAAAGAUGGACUAAAAAAUGGAGUAACUAUCUCUCCUUGAUUCGUGCAAAAAAAAUGUCAACAGAAACUAGAUUUGGUUUUUAACAUAUUCAACUGAUAUGUCAAAUUCUAUAUUUAUUUACAUCAUCACUAGUAACAUGUUUACGUUCUGUUCCAUUCAACAAGAAGAUUUAAAGGAGAUGCUAUGAACAAAAACAAAUAUUUCCUCGGUGAUUUUUUUAACAAGCUAAGAAAAAUAAUAGACCUAUUUACAUGGAAGUUAUAUAAAAAAGAUAUUUUGUUCAUUUUA